AUGGGACUCAUUGAACAACAAGCAGCAGUAACUGCAUUAAUAACAGUACAAGCACACUGCAAAAAUGAACCUACAAAACAAGCAUUAUAUGAAAAACAUAAAGAAUUCUUAGAAUCUCAAUUAGAGAAAUGCAUGAUGACAAAGAAAUUCAAGGAAGAAUUUACGGAGAUGUCAUCAAGGCAAGGAAAAAGGAAAAACCACAAAUGUUACUACCCAAUCCAAAAGGAAGAAGUACCUACAAACCAUAUGAACUAUGAUGUACCCAGAGAUAAAGAAUUUGUUAGAGAAAAUGAACAAAUUGGAAUAAAAAUACCACAUUCACCCACAGACAACGUAUUCUUAAAUAAAAGGCUAUUACAAGCCUCUAGAAGGAAUGAAGAUAUCCCUCAAGGAGUAUUACUAAAAGUAACAAAACCAGCAACACCUUCACCAUUAAGUCAAUAUACUUUAAGUAGAACACCUACUAUUGAAAUUAGUGCCGAUGAACCUGACCGAAAAAGAAAUGAAAGAGGUUAUACACCAUCACCAGAUCCUUAUAAAAGAAAACAACAAAGAUAUAAAAGCCCAAGUCUUAGCUCAAAACACACAGACCAAAUUUCUAAUAAAGAAAUAGAAAUACCAUAUUAUGAUAAUGUACAUAAUGAAGGACAAUCCUCAACCUACAAACCAAUACAUGGUACCUUUAGAGGACAAAUAUAUACUACAUAUGUACCUGAAACAGUAUAUCAAGAAUUAGAAGACUACAAAAAAGAAGAAUUUGGACAAGAAGUUGAAAAUCAACUUAAAGAAAACAAAGAAGGAUAUGGAAUAAAUGAUGAUGAAGAAUAUAAUCAUAUUUUAUUAAAUAACCUAACUAUACAACAAAAAAGAAAAAUAGUACCCACUAUUAUUAAAACUGAAAAAGAAAAGAUAUUUAGUAAAAAAGAAACAGUCAUACCACCUAUAACAUUGAUGAGUAUUAAAAUAUUAAACCCUCAAGAAAAUGGAAUAGUAGGGACCCCUAUACAAUUAGCAGCCAAAGGGUUAGCUAUACAACAAGGACGACCCAAUGAAGACUACAUUUUAGCAAUAAAUAUUAGUGAUAAAAAUAUUCAAAUAAAACAAGAUGAACAUAUUGGAAAUAUAGAACAAGAAAUGAGAACUUCUGUAAAUAAUAAUGUAAUUUCUGAUAUUCAAUUUAUAUUGAAUAAAAAAGAACACGAAAUUCCUGAUAAUGAUAAAAAUCAAAGAAUAAGAAAAUAUACUGUAGAAGAAGAAAGAAUUAUUAAAGAAUUAUAUGAGGAUUUAGAAAAAAAUGAUAUUAUAUAUCCUGGAUAUAGCAAAUAG